GUGGUGAAUCCUCCGAUAAAGGUAAGGAAAUUGUACCCGAAGAUCGGUAGUCAGAGUACUCUAGAAAUUCGACUCCUGAAAUAGGUUGAAGGAUAUGGAACAUCAAUUGGAAGCAAGGAUAAGCACACUAGAGCGCAAUCAAGAGGAGUUCAGACAUGAUCUUCGAGAGAUGAAAGGACAGAUUGCCAAAUUGAUGGAAAUGGUUGAAUGUCUCAACAGAACCAAUGGGAUUCACCCUCAAGAAUUCCAAUCGCUUCAAACUGAACCACGCCUCAAGCAACCAUUGAAGGAAGGCCAAUUUGUCCUUGAUAGGACCAAUAUUUCGCUUAGUGACCCAAAUAAAGAUCAAGGUUUGAAAAAAGUUAUAAAAGGGAUGGAUGAGUUCAAUAUGCAGAUGAUUGAAUUGAAGAGCUCAAUAUCCAAGAUGGGACCUCUAAGCCCUGCACCACCUUUAAACAGUGGUUUGCCACCAAGCACAUACUUCCAACCUACCACUUUUCGACCAACUUUUCAACCCAUGAACAUUGGUCUACGUCCAAGUUUUCACCCUUGCCCAAGCACCUUUCAAUCACCUUCUCAACAGGCUCCUCGAGCCCAACUGUUCACACAAUCAUCUAUCACCCUUGCUCCUAGCCUAUGUGUUAUCCAAAAGCAAUCUAAAAAGAAACAACCUAAACAAUUGGAUCUCAUUCCCAUUUCUUAUGGAGAACUUUUUCGCCAAUUGGUUCAGGAUCACCUUGUUGCUGCUAUGCCUAUAGAACCCUUGAAACCUCCAUAUCCAAAGUGGUACAAUCCAAAUGCAAGAUGCGAUUAUCAUGGUGGAAUCAUGAGACAUUCCAUUGAAGAUUAUACUGCAUUCAAGCAUAAGGUACAAGCAUUGAUAGAUGUAAAGUGGUUUGAUCCAGCAAAGAUGGUCGGACAGGGUGAUAAGGUAUCCAAAUAGGCAUCUAGGUGGCAAAAGUGGACUUUGUUAGGACUUUUUCUUUUUGAGUAAAAGUUUUAAGGUUUUAGGAUAAUUAAUGUUUAGACAUAGUUGUGCUUAAUUUCUUUUAAAAUUUGGAUUUAUGUUAGUGAACAAUUAUUAGAA